UGGCGGAAGGUGGAGCCCGGCGCCGCUCGGCUCCCCACCCCUUCCUUCCCGCCCUCCCUCCCAGGCCUGUAGAAUCGGGGCCCAAGAAGGCCUUCACCCCCCUCCCCUCAAUAUAGGCCGGUUUGCUGGAGAGAGAGACAUCUAAACGCGGUUUGUCUUGAAAGAAAUUUACUGUUCUGUUGCAAGAUGCAGUGUUUAACCCACCGACUGGAACUGUUUCCUGACUGCCGUGUUACCCUCAUCCUAUUUAAUGAUGUGAAGAAUGCUGCCACGUUAAGAAAAAAAGCUAUGGAAGGUGCUAUUGAUGCAGCAUUAAUUAACCCUGCAAUGGUAGUUGACCCAUUUCAGGUACUCGUGGCAACAAAUAAAGCUGUUCAUCUGCACAAGAUUGGCAAAAUGAAGACCAGGACACUCAAUGCAGAAAUUAUAUUCAACCUUUCACCAAACAAUAAUAUCUCAGAUGCCUUCAAAAGGUUUGGCAUUUCAGAUAGUGACACCGCCGUCCUCAUUGUCCUGGUUGAAGAUGAAAAGAAAACGGUGAACCUGGAAGAUCUAACAUGUCAGGUGGAAGGUCGGCAGGCUCCUCUAACAGAUCUCCCCAAAAUAACUGAUCUACAGAAGGUUAAAAAGAUGUACAAGCUUACUCAACAAGAAGAAAAAACCGGAAUGCUACUGGAUGGCAUCAUUUGUAGAAUGGCAACCAAAGAUGUUUCAUGAACAAAUACAUCAGGAAAAAAAUCGAGACUGUUUAUGAACAAAUGUUUCUUUUCAUAUUUCUAUUUGCUUGAGGCAGUGCUCGAAAAUCUUUAUUUUAUUUGGAAACAGAAUUCAACAUUAUUUUAUUGCAGGGGUGACGUGAUCCUUUAAAUAAUGUUUUUUAUUCACUUUAUUUGUAUAUUAUGACGUUGCCAUUGUAUUCAAACUGGCCCACAAUUUAAAAUACUGCAAACAUAAUAAUAAAAUCCAGAAUUCCUUUGUCAA